GAAGAACAAGCUCAUAACACCUGCCAGCACUAAUUUAACGCAAAAUUCUAAUAUUGCCCGGAUUUGUCAUUCCGACGUUUUCAGAGGAGGAUUUACUGGUAAAUGGAAACGUAAGAGAUUUCUAAAGCAUCACGUAAUUCCUAUUGACUAUAAUUAAAGGAAAAACUUUUUGACAACUUACGAAACCUUAACAAAGCAGCGAAGCCGAAUUACAAGUUGCCUUACAGAGAUACACAUUUUCUACUUUUAGUUUGGAAGUCUACUCAACGCCACGGAAUGUGAAAUCUAGUCUACUGUCCAUCGACAUCGCCGGCAGAGCCAACCUGCAUUUCAAGACUCCAAAGGUUAACACUGCUGUCAUUGCUAUGGAGACCACCCAAGCCCUCCUCCUCUUUCUACUGAGUUUAUAUGUCUACAGUUGCCAUGCCAAUGCCCGUACUGCUCCCAGAGUGCAUUUGUCAUACAAAGAGCUGAUGGAGACGCGGACGGCACGGCCUUUCUCCUUCUCCUUCAACACCAGUGACUACCGCAUCCUGCACAUGGACCAGGACCAGGGCCGUCUCUACCUGGGCAGCCGGGAGUACCUGGUGGCUCUGGACAUGCACAACAUCAACAAGGAGCCCCUCAUAAUUCACUGGCCAGCCACUACCCAGAGGAAAGGAGAGUGUAGAAUGACUGGAAAGGGUGGGCAGGGGGAAUGUGCAAACUUUGUGCGUCUGAUCGAACCCUGGAAUCGCACACACCUGUACACCUGUGGCACAGGGGCCUACAAGCCCAUCUGCACCUUCAUCAACAGAGGAUGGAGAGCAGAGGAGUACCUGUUCAGGCUGGUCCCUGGCUAUGUGGACUCAGGGAAAGGGAAAUGUUCCUACGACCCGCGGCAGGAGAAUGCUGUGGCCCUUAUCAAUGGGAAUCUGUAUGCAGGGGUCCACGUUGACUUCAUGGGCACGGACCCGGCCAUCUUCAGAACCCUGGGAGACAGACCUGCCGUCAGGACUGAGCAAUAUGACUCCCGCUGGCUGAAUGAGCCUGUGUUUGUGAAGAUCCAGCACAUUCCUGACAGCUCUGAGAGGAACGAUGAUAAGCUCUACUUCUUCUUUCGGGAGAAGAGCCUGGAUUCGGCUGGGGGGGGCAGCCCCAGUGUCCUGGCCAGGGUGGGCCGAGUAUGCCUGAAUGAUGAUGGGGGUCAGAGGUCACUGGUCAACAAGUGGACUACCUUCCUGAAGGCUCGGCUGGUGUGCUCAGUGAUAGGCAGUGAUGGUGUGGAGACCUAUUUCGAUGAGCUGAAGGAUGUCUUCAUUCAGCCAACACAAGACGAACGCAAUCCUGUCGUGUACGCUGUCUUUUCCACUGCGGGGUCUGUGUUUAAGGGCUCAGCCGUGUGUGUAUACUCUAUGUCCGACAUUCGCAAUGUCUUCAAUGGCCCCUUCUCACACAAGCAUGGACACAACUACCAGUGGACCCCCUACACUGGAAAGAUCCCCUACCCUCGCCCUGGAACGUGUCCAGGAGGAACGUUCACCCCGGGCCUCCGCUCCACCAAGGAGUUUUCGGAUGAGGCAGUGAACUUUGUGAGGGCGCACCCCCUCAUGUACCACCCUGUCUACACCAUACACAAGCGCCCUCUGGUGGUCCGAACAGGGGUUGACUACCAAUUCACCUCCAUCGUGGUGGACCUGGUGGAUGCUGUGGAUGGGAGGUAUGAGGUGCUCUUCCUGGGCACAGAUCGUGGGACAGUCCAAAAGGUGAUAGUACUUCCUAAAGACACUAGCACAACAGAAGAACUCACAUUAGAGGAAGUGGAAAUGUUCAGGACUCCAGCUCCUAUUAAGACUAUGAUGUUAUCAUCAAAAAGGCAACAGCUGUAUGUGUCGUCAGAGAGGGGGCUUACCCAGUUGUCCCUGCACAGGUGUAACGUCUAUGGGAAGGCCUGUUCAGACUGCUGCCUGGCCAGAGACCCUUACUGUGCCUGGGAUGGGGAGACAUGCGCCGCCUUUAGCCCCUCCACCAAGAGGCGAAGCAGAAGACAGGAUAUUAAGCAUGGAAACCCCUUGCGGCAGUGCAGAGGGUUCAAUGCAAAAGUGGAGAAGCGUCUCAGUGAAACGGUGCAGUUUGGGGUGAAGGGGAGCAGUACGUUCCUGGAGUGCCAACCUAGAUCUCCACAAGCGACAGUCAAAUGGCUCUACCAGAAACCAGACGGCAGGAGGAAAGUGCUGAGCCGAGACGGAGAGGUGCUGAAGACAGCUCAUGGCAUCUUGCUCAAGUCUCUGAGCCACGCUGACAGGGGGCUGUACCACUGCCUGGCCACUGAGAACAACUUCAAGCACACGGUGGUCCGCGUGGCCCUCCGCAUCCUGGACCGGGAGAUAGUGGAGGCCCUCACCUCCCUGGAUGCCCCACCGGAGGACCAGAACCCCCAUCACCACCCGCACCCCCACCACCCACCGCCCCCGCCUCAAACUCUGCCACCGCAGUUCUCCUCCCAGCCAGAGAUCCGCCUCAUCAACCAGUACUGUCAGUCCUACUGGCAGCAGUUCAACCCCAACCUUCCCACAAAACGCACCAACAGGAGGCAUGUCAAGAGCCAGCCAGAGCCAGCCCCAGGGGGCCCUAUCCCCUCCUAGACCCCUUCUCUCCCCUCUCCUUCACUGGUGCACGGGCCAGGUCCUGGAGGGUCACAGUGGCCCUCCACACUGGUAACGUGCAGAGUCACUCACUCAUGUUGUGAUGUUGUUGUUAUGUGUAUUGUUCCUCCCAUUCCCAUUCAGGGUUAGUCUCCAUGGGCCCAAUUCUGACUUUAGAUCCGUCCACAUAGCUAUGUGCUUUCUUGUAAAUCAUCUAUUGAUGUCAAUGAGAUUUGAGGUCCAAUUGGAGUUACACGCACAGAGGGUUUGGGCCUAAAACUCUUCCCAUUAUUUAGCAAAUUAACUGCCCUAUUCAGUCCAAAUUAGUAACUAGUAUCCUGAAUGUAAUCCCUGAUCCUAUAAGCCUGGGUAUUAUCAAUUGGAUUGCUACUUAUGUUAUAGUAUGUCUCACUCAGUAUAAGCAGUUUUAGAAACUGCAGAGGAUUGUUAGUGUACACAAGAGUUGUCUAGUCAGUACCAUGGUAGUUAGGCGAUAGGGAGACCCUAUCAUAUGAAUCAUUGUAAAACCAUACUUUUACAAUCCAUUUGUUCCCCUGAAUCCAACAUUUUCAAAAAUCAGUGUUUCAAACAUUCAUUUUAACUAAUUGAUGAAACAUGGGCAAUUUUUGUAUUAUUAUGUGUAUUGUGUUUCCAUUCAAAAUAUUUUAACAGUAUAAUCCUGCCAAUGUCAAAUCAGAAAGAAUACGGCUCAGUUUUUCAUUCGCCAUUUUUUAAGAUUCUGAUAUAACAAUGAGCUGAUCAAUUUUAGCAAAUUUACAUUGUUUCGAUUGUGUUUUUAAAAUGACGUGUCACAGAAAAUGUGGAUAAUCAGAAACUCCUGCUUAAUUUGACCAAACGUAUUUGUUAGCAGGAAGAAACUGACCAAAUGAGUCUCUACUUCCUUUUAUUUGUUGGACUCUUUGGGUUUAUGCAUAUAUAUUUUCCCAAUACAACAUUUACUGGAUACAAAACCAUUAGCGUCAGCUAAAAAGCUAUCCAAGUCUCCGACCUUGUGCUUCUUUCUGCUCAGCACUUCAACAGUGUGUUAGGCAGAGACAAUAUUUUGGACCAAACGUUGUUCCAUUCUCCAGCCAAGACUACAGAGGGAUUAAAAAAUGUACAUGUAAAUAGAGCAAGUUUGGUUUGGAACGAUUCAUUCAGAAAAAGAGAUUCAUUAGCUGUUGAUUAUUGCAGUGAGAAAAGAAAUGGAGACAGUACAGGAGUUUGCUAUUGUAUUGCUUCUAAAUGACAAUACAUAUUACCUCUUCUAUGGGAGCUACAUUACUUUUACACAGCCUGACCCCUGAUAUGAACCUGAUCCAACAACAGAAACUGGACUGGAAGGCUCUUUGAAGUUUGACUAUAUGACAUGGCCACACUGUAUUUCUUGUCCUCUAGAGAUGAGACAUGAUUAUUAUACUCACUAGCACUCACCUGGCUCUAUCAACCAUGUUGCUUAGAGCUCCUUUUGCCUGAUUCAUAAGCUGUGGUCAUCUUUCGACCUUAUGUCAUGUACUACGUGUGUACAGUGCAUUCAUAUGGACUUUUAGAUCUCACAGAGAUCUAUGUUAGGUUUGGACUUUUCAUGAAUCCACUGCACUCUCACCCACGCCAUGAAACAUAUUUAUUUUGAAACUAGAUAUUCCUGUUCUGCACUUUGGCGGUGGGGGUGUGAGGGCUGGGAUGGGGAAGGGGAUAUUAUUAUUAUCAUGUGAUUUACAGGACCAGUAUUAUCAGAAAGAGGAUUUGAGGAAAAAGAGGUAGACCUUUUUGGAAACUAAAAGUAGAAAGAUUUGAAUUAAUAAAUUGUUAUGGACAGGAACGCUCUAACAGAUUACUCAACUCUGAAGCCAAAGAAUACUCUUCUUUGAAUGAAAAUGUGUUCUAUUUAACAUAUUUUGCACUAUAUUCACAUUGUUUGUGGCUUCACGUGGCUUCUUUGCCUUUUCUUAGCUAUAGAGUUUGAAUCCAGAAAUGUCUACCUCUCGUUUCUGGAAUAUAAUAUGUACCAAAACAAAAAUCACUCAAACAAAACAAAGUAACACUCGAUACCAUAUUCCUUCUAGAGCAGGUAAAAAUGUUUAUGUGAGCUGAUUCAUGACGCCUCAAGAGUGACAUGAGUAAAUCAAAAUAUAGCUGCAAGCAGCCAUGGCAGGGGUCAAGCUAUGGCCCAACAGCGCCACCAUGCGGCCAAACAGAACCAAUCUACAGGUUAGCUAUACUUACGUCCCUGAGCAUAUGUGCCAAAUUCCAUGACUCUGAGUCAAACAGAUCAAGAGAUAUGCAGUUCCUUCAAAAGGUUUUCAUACCCCUUAUUCCAUAUUUUUCAACCACUCCACAAAUUUCUUGUUAGCAAAUUAUAGUUUUGUCAAGUCGGUUAGGACAUCUACUUUGUGCAUGACACAAGUAAUUUUUCCAACAAUUGUUUACAGACAGAUUAUUUCACUUAUAAUUCACUGUAUCACAAUUCCAGUGGGUCAUACACUAAAUUGACUGUGCCUUUAAACAGCUUGGAAAAUUCCAGAAAAUGAUGUCAUGGUUUUAGAAGCUUCUGAUAGGCUAAUUGACAUCAUUUGAGUCAAUUGGAGGUUUUCCUGUGGAUGUAUUUCAAGGCCUAACUUCAAACUCAGUGCCUCUUUGCUUGACAUCAUGGGAAAAUCCCCAAAAUUGUAGACCUCUACAAGUCUGGUUCAUCCUUGGGAGCAAUUUUCAAACGCCUGAAGGUACCACGUUCAUCUGUACAAACAAUAGUACGCAAGUAUAAACACCAUGGGACCAUGCAGCCGUCAUACCGCUCAGGAAGGAGACGCGUUCUGUCUCCUAGAGAUGAACGUACUUCGGUCCGAAAAGUGCAAAUCAAUCCCAGAACAACAGCAAAGGACCUUGUGAAGAUGCUGGAGGAAUUAGGUACAAAAGUAUCUAUAUCCACAUUAAAACGAGUCCUAUAUCGACAUAACCUGAAAGGCCGCUCAGCAAGGAAGAAGCCACUGCUCUAAAACCUCCAUUAAAAAAGUCAGACUACGGUUUGCAACUGCACAUGGGGAUAAAGAUCGUACUUUUUAGAGACGUCCUCUGGUCUGAUAAAACAAAAAUAGAACUGUUUGGCUAUAAUGACCAUCGUUAUGUUUGGGGGGAAAAGGGGGAUGCUUGCAAGCCAAAGAGCACCAUCCCAACUGUGAAGCACGGGAGUGGCAGCGUCGUGUUGUGAGGGUGCUUUGCUGCAGGAGGGACUGGUGCACUUCACAAAAUAGAUGGCAUCGUGAGGGAGGAAAAUUAUGUGGAUAUAUUGAAGCAAAUGGGUCUUCCAAAUGGACAAUGACCCCAAGCAUACUUCCAAAGUUGUGGCAAAAUGGCUUAAGGACAACAAAGUCAAGGUAUUGGAGUGGCCAUCACAAAGCCCUGACCUCAAUCCUAUAGAAAUAUUGUGGGCAGAACUGAAAAAGCGUGUGCGAGCAAGGAGGCCUACAAACCUGACUCAGUUACACCAGCUCUGUCAGGAGGAAUGGGCCAAAAUUCACCCAACUUAUUGUGGGAAGCUUGUGGAAAGCUAUCCGAAAUGUUUGACCCAAGUUAAACAAUUUAAAGGCAAUGCUACCAAAUACUAAUUGAGUGUAUGUAAACUUCUGACCCACUGGGAAUGUGAUGAAAGAAAUAAAAGCUGAAAUAAAUAAUUCUCUCUGCUAUUAUUCUGACAUUUCACAUUCUUAAAAUAAAGUGAUCCUAACUGACCUAAGACAGGGAAUUUUUACUCUGAUUAAAUGUCAGGAAUUGUGAAAAACUGAGUUUAAAUGUAUUUGGCUAAAGUGUAUGUAAACUUCCGACUUCAACUGUAUAUUUUCUCACCCAUCUCCACACAAUACCCCAUAAUGACAAGGUGACAUGUUUUAAUUGUUUGCACAUUUAUUGAAAAUGAAAUAUAGAAAUAUCUAAUUUACUUAAGUAUUCACACCCUUGAGUCAAUUCAUUGUGGAAGCACCUUUGGCAGCGAUUACAGUUGUGAGUCUUUCUGGGUAAGUCUUUAAGAGCUUUUCACACCUGGAUUGUGCAACAUUUGCCCAUUGUUCUUUUCAAAAUUCUUCAAGCUCUGUAACAUUGGUUUAUGAUCAUUGCUAGACAACCAUUUUCAGGUCUUGCCAUAGAUUUUAAAGUAGAUUUAAGUCAAAACUGUAUGUCCCUUAGUAACAUUCACUGUCUUGGUAAGCAACUCCAUUGUAGAUUUGGCCUUCUGUUUUAUGUUAUUGUCCUGAUAAAAGGUGAAUUUAUCUCCCAGUGUCUGGUGAAAGCAGACUUAACCAAGUUUCCCUCAAAGAUUUUGCCUGUGCUUAGUUCUGUUCCAUUUCUUUUUUAUCCUGAAAAACUCCCCAGUCCAUAACUAUUACAAGUAUACCAUUAACAUUAUGCAACCACCACUAUACUUGAAAAUAAGGAGAGUGGUACUCAGUAAUCAGCUGUAUUGGAUUUUCCCCAAACAUACAUAACACUUUGUAUUCAGGACAAAAAGUGUAUUGCUUUGCCAAAUUGUUUGCACUAUUACUUUAAUGCCUUGUUGCAAAACAGGAUGCAUGUUUUGGAUUGUUUUUUAUUCUGUACAGGCAUCCUUUUCACUCUGUCAAUUAGGUUAGUAUUGUGGAGUAACUACAAUGUUGUUGAUCCAUCCUCAGUGUUCUCCUAUCACAGCCAUUAAACUCUUAACUGUUUUAAAGUCACAAUUGGCCUCAUGGUGAAAUCCCUGAGCGGUUUCCUUCCUCUCUGGCAACUGAGUUAGGAAGGACAACUGUAUCUUUGUAGUGACUGGGUGUUUUGAUACACCAUCCAUCCAUGCUAUUUUGUUAGUUUUUUUGCAUUGUUUGUAACUUAUUUUUGUACAUAAUGUUGCUGCUACCAUCUCUUAUGACCGAAAAGAGCUUCUGGACAUCAGAACAGCGAUUACUCACCUUGAAUUGGAUGAAGAAUUUUCCUUUAAUGACUCGGACGAGAGGGAUUUACUCCAGACACCCGAACAGGCCCUCAUCCCCAUCAUUCGCAGGAGAAAAAGACAGAGAUUUCUCGAAAGGAGAUCAGGGUGCCUUGUGAGGAUCAGGCGACGAGUGGCUAAUCUGCCUUUGCUAUCUGUACUAUUGGCCAAUGUACAAUCACUGGAUAAUAAAUUGGACGAACUUAAAGCACAUAUAUCCUACCAACAGGACAUUAAAAACUGUAAUAUCUUAUGUUUCAGCGAGUCGUGGCUGAACGACUACAUGAAUAACAUACAGCUGGCGGGUUAUACACUGUAUCGGCAGGAUAGAACCGCAGCCUCUGGUAAGACGGGGUGGCGAUCUAUGUAUAUUUGUAAACAACAGCUGGUGCACGAUAUCUAAGGAAGUCUCAAGGUUUUGCUCACCUGAGGUAGAGUAUCUCAUGAUAAGCUGUAGACCACACUAUCUAACUAGAGAGAUUUUGUCUGUAUUUUUCAUAGCUGUCUACAUACCACCACAGACCGAUGCUGGCACUAAGACUGCACUCAAUGAGCUGUAUGCCGCCAUAAGCAAACAGGAAAACGCUAAUCCAGAGGUGGCGCUCCUAGUGGCCAGGGACUGUAAUGCAGGGAAACUUAAAUCCGUUUUACGUCAUUUCUAUCAGCAUGUUAAAUGUGCAACCAGAGGGGGAAAAAACUAGACCACCUUUACUCCACACACAGAGAUGUGUACAAAGCUCUCCCUCGCCCCCCAUUUGGCAGAUCUGACCAUAAUUCUAUCCUGAUUCCUGCUGACAAGCAAAAAGUACAUAUUACCUCAAUUACCUCGACUAACCGGUGCCCCAGCACAUUGACAGGUACAUUGACAUUGACAGGUACCCCCUGUAUAUAGCCCUGCUAUUGUUAUUUUACUGCUGCUCUUUAAUUAUUUGUUACUUUUAUUUCUUUUUUUUGUAUUUUUCUUAAAAUGUAAUUGUUGGUUAAGGGCUUGUAAGUAAGCAUUUCACUGUAUUCGGCGCAUGUGACAAAUACAAUUUGAUUUGAACUAAUAACUGUGUGUAGGGUACAGAGAAAAGGUAGUCAUUCAAAAAUCAUGUUAAGCACUAUUAAUGCACACAGAGUGAGUUCAUGCAACUUAUUAUGUGACUGGUUAAGCAAAUAUUUACUCCUGAACUUAUUUAGGCUUGCCAUUAAUAAAGGGGUUGAAUACU